UUUUCUAAUGCAAAAUUAUUUGCGAUUUCGAGUUGCAAAUGUAUUAAUUUAAUUUUAAAUUAGCUGUCUCCUUUUUUUAUAAGCUUCUGAGUGCUUCUGAUUCUGAUUGAGAACUUUUGAUAGUUGGAUAGUGUUGAUGUCGACCUUCAAAUUUGACCUCUAUUGUUGUGGUCAAUAUGAAAUAGAAAUGCGCAUGCGUUAAGAAUUCCCGUCAAAUAUCAAGGUGUUUGUUUGGCGCGCUGAUAAGCACUCGCGGCUGAUCACAUCACGAUGAAAUUAUUUUCUUUAGUCGCACAACAGAUAGCAGACAAACCUCACGUCAGUAAUUGCUACUCCGAAAAGUUUUGUGCCUGUACCGAAGAUGUCUAGCGAAGAAAUAUCCAAUAACAGAAAGAUGGCUCGGCAAAAUGGGAUUGUCCAACCUUUGCUUACAGAUUUGUAUCAAAUAACUAUGGCCUAUGCUUAUUGGAAAUCGGGAAAAGUUGAUGAUGUAGCGGUAUUUGAUUUAUUCUUUCGUACCAAUCCAUUCCAUGGAGAAUUUACAAUAUUUGCCGGCCUUGAAGAGUGCCUCAAGUUUUUGGAAAAUUUUCAUUACUCAGAUAGUGAUAUUGAGUAUUUGAGGCAAACUUUGCCAGAUAACAUUGAGCCGGAAUUCUUUGCCUACUUGAAAGAUUUGACCUGCCGAGAUGUGAAACUGAGUGCCAUUGAGGAAGGCUCUGUUGUGUUUCCCAGAGUGCCUUUACUACGAGUGGAGGGACCACUAAUCAUCACACAACUUCUCGAGACGACCCUAUUGACCCUCGUUAACUUCGCAAGUUUGAUGGCUACAAACGCGGCGCGGUACAGGAUGGUGGCUGGGAAGAACGUUUCUUUGUUAGAAUUCGGCUUGCGACGAGCCCAAGGUCCGGACGGGGGGCUGUCGGCCUCCAAAUACGCUUACAUCGGCGGGUUCGACGGCACGAGCAACGUGCUCGCCGGCAAGAUGUUCGACAUCCCCGUGAAGGGCACGCACGCGCACUCGUUCGUGACGUCAUUCAGCAGCCUGGCGGACGCGGGCUGCGGGCGCCUGCCGCACGCCACCACCCGCGCGCCCCGCGACCUCCCCGCGCUCGCCGCCGCCUGGCGCCGCCGCGUCUCCGCCGUCAUCGACAUCUCCACCGACGAGGCCAGCGACGGCGAACUCGCCGCACUCAUAUCGUAUGCCAUAGCCUUCCCCACCGGAUUCUUGGCCCUCGUCGACACGUACGAUGUCAAGAGGUACAAUUUUCAAGGCUUAACCACACGACACCAGGCGCCCCCGGAUAGUACCGGCUACAAUAGCAACUGUGGGACCAAUGGCUCUAGACCCAACUCACCGAGUAUACAUAGUACAUAUGGAUGUAGCACGGUCGAACGCACACUGAGGAGCGGGCUUCUCAACUUCUGCGCUGUGGCUUUAGCCCUGAAUGACUGCGGAUACCGAGCUGUGGGUAUCCGCAUAGACAGUGGCGACUUGGCCUAUCUGUCAGUGCUGGCCAGAGAGACAUUUGAACAAGUCGGCCAAGCAUUCGAUCUGCCCUGGUUUAAUACACUGACGAUUGUGGCCUCAAAUGAUAUCAAUGAAGAAACAAUAUUGAGCCUAAACGAGCAAGGACACAAGAUUGAUUGCUUCGGAAUCGGCACUCAUUUAGUGACAUGUCAAAGACAGCCGGCGCUGGGUUGCGUCUACAAGCUCGUGGAGAUCAACGGGCAACCGCGCAUCAAGCUCAGCCAGGAUGUCGGCAAGGUCACCAUCCCCGGCCACAAAGAGGCCUACCGACUGUUCGGCGCGGACGGGCACGCGCUCAUCGACUUGCUCCAGCGGUCCUCGGAGACGCCCCCGCAGGUGGGGCAGAAGGUGCUGUGCCGACACCCCUUCCAGGAGUCCAAGCGGGCGUAUGUCAUACCGAGCAAGGUGGAGAGCUUGUUUAGGGUGUGCUGGAAAGACGGUAAAAUUCAAGUGCCAUUGAAGCCCUUAUCCGAAGUGAGGCAGAGAGUACAGGAAUCUCUGCGAACUCUGAGACAGGACAUCAAGCGCAAUCUCAACCCUACGCCGUACAAGGUGGCGGUAAGCGAUGAUUUGUACAGCUUCAUUCACGACCUGUGGCUGCAGAACGCACCCAUCGGAGAACUUUCAUGAAAUGCGUGAUUUAAAGCAGUCUUGUAAACAACUAAUAUGUUGCUGAAAGCGCAGCCAUCUUUAAUUUAUCCAUGAGAAGUGAAGCUCGACGUUUAACAAUCGUCUUGUAUUUCAAUAACAGCUGAGCAAUAUUAUAUAACCUGUAGGUACUUAGAAAUAAGAAUUGGUGGAUGAGCCUUAUGGAUGUAGUUGGUUAAUGUGAACAAACAAUAUGUAUAAAAAAUACAAAGUAGCUAUUUCGCUUAUAGAUUACCUACUCUUGGUGGGUGUAGCUUUAAAAGCAAAAUUAUGUUUGUCAAAAAGUAAUACUAGUCAUACGAAACAACUUAUGAAUUCUGGUUUAAAUCUGUUGCCUUGCACAGUAAGCUUAUGAAUAAUCUGUGUCUUAGCUGUUGUGUAUUAUAAUCCCCUAUAAUUAGAUUGUGCGUUAUGUAAAGCUAUUGAUUAGUAUAUAAAAUAUGUUUAGUAAGUUUAAAAAUACUUUACCUGGAGUAAUGAAAGUUAAGUUCUUGCAGAUCUAUAGACAGAUUUUAACCCGAUGUUUUAUUUGAUACAUCGAAAUGGAUAUUUUAACGAAGUUUUUCUAAAUGUGUAAUUGAUGUUUAGCAUUGAACCAAUUUAUUACAUUCAUAUUAACUAGAAUGCAUUUAGUUAUACACACUUGAAAACAUUGUACAAUGUACAAAUAAAAUUGUGUACUAUUUGUAAUAUACAGUAUACAAUACAUAAAAUAAGUAUAAUAAUGCCACUGUGCUGUGGCUGGUUAUUUUUUACUGAGAUCAAAAUAUUAUGUUAUUUUAAUUUAGUUAGAUCAUACUCGUGUAAAAACCUGUAGGGGUUAAGUGCAAUUCUGUGUAUCAGAUUCCGAUGAAAAUUGCACCUUAUGCCAUAGCAUUUUCAUUAUUCGUUAUCAACGAUUCACAGAACCAGUACCUUUAGGCCUAGCAUAUUGUAAGUGUAAGUAAUAAAAUUGCACUAGUGCAAUGACACCUUUAUUUUUUGUAUCUAUGUAUUUAUACCUACCUUUUACUGUAGAAGUACUUAUAGCAUUCCUGUUUAUACAUAUGUAUAAGUUUUAUACCUUAUGUUUUGUAUUGUAAAGUACAACACAAUUUUUAGGCACAAAUGUUAUUAUGGUGAUUUUAUAUACCAAAUUUAUGUUUAAUAUCAUAUAAUUACAGCAUUUUAAAGAUUUUCUCUAUAUAUCAAAAGUAUUAGAGAUGAA